AUGCCGACUGCUGUGCGCUCGACCGACUUACCCCCUGCCCGGCCGCCUCCACCCGAUAUGGAUGUGGAUGAGGAUGAUGACUUUGAGCUGGACAAGGCCAUGGCAGGCGUAGAGGAGGCACGGUGAGGUUGGAGCUGCUCAAUGAUGCUGGUACAGCGCUCAGAGCUUUGCUGACUCUGCUCGAGCUGCGUCGAUGAUGCUGCUGACGCUGACGCGCACGACAGGCUGCAAGCGUUGGACACUUCGGAUCCGAUGGUGUUGCUGUCCUACUAUCGCCACUUGCUGCCUUGGAAGAACAUCUUUCUGUGGCUCAACAGGGACGUCGAGGGUGCCAACAUGGCCUCCACCUCAUCUCCUGGCGCAUCUCGCAACUUUACUCAUCGAGAGUUCGCUUUCACACUGGCGAAUGAGGCCUACUUGCGCUACAAUUCCUACGCUACGUGGCAAGAGUUGAAGCGAGACGUGCUCAGAUUGAAUCCGCAAAGAUUCGAGAUUGGUCCGGUUUACAGCGCAAAGGUGAGGAGUGACAUGCGCCCGCGCCUCGAGUCUCGACUCGGCUCGAAUGCGCAGCUGACACCUGCCCACGCCUCGAACCGCUAGCCAAAGGAUCGCAAGACGGUGCAAAAGACGUCAUUCAAACCCGUGUCUCGAGAAGUGGUGUUCGAUAUCGACAUGACUGACUACGACGAGAUUCGCACUUGCUGCAGCGGCAAGGGCAUCUGCAAGAGGUGUUGGGGCUUCAUCGCCGUAGCCGUCGAGGUGCUGGACCAAGCGCUGCGUUUGGACUUUGGCUUCAAGCAUCUGCUGUGGGUCUACUCUGGUAGGCGAGGUAUCCACUGCUGGAUAUCGGAUGAGGAAGCGUGCGCUCUGCCAGACGAUGCUCGCAAAGCCAUCGUUGGCUGGUUGGAAGUCAUCAAGGGCGGUGCAAGCGCUGUCAAGAAGGUCAAUCUGGCAGGCAGCUCGACCAGUGCCAGGCAGCUGCACCCUUCCCUCAGGCGCGCCUUGGACGGCAGCGUGGAUGCUGUCGAUGGCGCAUCCGACGGUCCUCUGAAGCGCGCAUUUGUCGACAUUGUACUCAAGGAUCAAGACGUGUUCCGAGACGCGACGGGCUACAAUCGCUUGCUGGCCUUGCUGCCUUCGGUCGAGACGGAGGCGAUUGCGCGGCUCAAGUCGAAUUGGGAUGCACAGCCGGCUCGCACCUCUUUGGACAAGUGGCAAGACAUUAUGACCAUCGCUGCCAAAGCUGGCGAGAUGAGAGCGCGCACGACGUGGAGACCGGCCAUGGAGGAUAUCAUCCUGCAAUACACCUACCCUCGCAUCGAUGCUGAGGUGUCCAAGCACAUGAACCACUUGCUCAAAGCGCCUUUCGUCGUGCAUCCCGCGACCGGCAGAGUCUGUGUACCGCUGGACCCAAGACAAAUUCAUCAAUUCGAUCCGGACUUGGACGCGCCCACGAUUGGCGAGCUCUUUCGAGAUCUAAACGCAGCACAAAAGGCAGGAGAGGUGGACGACGGCGCAGCGCUCAAGGACAAUCCGACGGCGUGGGAGCACACUCGACUCAAGCCAUUCGUGCAACGAUUCGAAAAGCACUGUAGCGCCAUCGUCCGUCAGACGAGGGAAGCGAAGAGGGGCCAAGGUGAGUGGUACAAAGUAGCACAGUUGUGGCUUUUGGACGGUCGUAGGCUGACUCGCGCUCGCACCUCAUCGUCUCUCGACUCCAGCUCUGGACACGAUGGACUUUUAA